GAGAGGCAGGGAGGAGGUGAGGAGGGAGAGAAGGGAGAGAGAGGUGGGGAGCUGAUGGAUACCUGGGGUUAGGUGGCUUGGAGUUUCAUGAAAAGAGAACCAGGAGGGGGUGUGGACUCAACCCCCACCUCCCCCAGGUAAUCCUGGGAGAGGCAGAUCUGGAAGAGGUGGGGGAGUUGGAAGGAUAGAGGAGAGGCCAGGGGAGGAGUGGGCUUGGGGGAGUCUCUUUCCCCAGCCGUUUUGGGGUUGGGGAGCUGGGAGGAGAGGAGAGUGGUUGGAAGUUCUGGAGCAAGAGGGUCCCAGGAAGAGGGGAGGCAGCAGCUCAAGGUGAGGGGGUAAGGGUUCUGGGAAGGGGUCUCUCCUUCAAGGCCUCCCGGGGAUGGGAGGUGCCGCUCGUCUGAGCGCCCCUCGAGCGCUGGUACUCUGGGCCGCACUGGGGGCGGCAGCUCACAUCGGACCAGCACCUGACCCAGAGGACUGGUGGAGCUACAAGGAUAAUCUCCAGGGAAACUUCGUGCCAGGGCCUCCCUUCUGGGGCCUGGUGAAUGCAGCCUGGAGUUUGUGUGCCGUGGGGAAGCGGCAGAGCCCCGUGGAUGUGGAGCUCAAGAGAGCCCUUUACGAUCCCUUUCUGCCCCCGCUGAGGCUGAGCACUGGGGGCGAGAAGCUCCGGGGGACCCUGUAUAACACGGGCCGCCAUGUCUCUUUCCUGCCUGCACCCCGGCCAGUGGUCAAUGUGUCUGGGGGUCCCCUGCUCUACAGCCAUCGACUCAGUGAACUGCGACUGCUGUUUGGAGCACGGGAUGGAGCCGGAUCCGAGCACCAGAUCAACCACCAGGGCUUCUCUGCAGAGGUGCAGCUCAUCCACUUCAAUCAGGAACUUUAUGGGAACCUCAGUGCGGCCUCCCGCAGCCCCAACGGCCUGGCCAUUCUCAGCUUCUUUGUUAACGUGGCUGGCAGCUCAAACUCUUUCCUCAGCCGCCUCCUUAGCCGUGAUACCAUCACUCGAAUUUCCUACAAGAAUGACGCUUACUUCCUUCAAGACCUGAGUCUGGAGCUCUUAUUCCCUGAGUCCUUCGGCUUUGUCACCUACCAGGGUUCCCUCAGCACCCCGCCCUGCUCAGAGACUGUCACCUGGAUUCUGAUCGACCGCGCCCUCAAUAUCACCUCCCUCCAGAUGCAUUCCCUGAGACUUCUGAGCCAGAAUCCACCAUCGCAGAUCUUCCAGAGCCUCAGCGGUAAUGGCCGGCCUCUGCAGCCCUUGGCUCACAGGGCCUUGAGGGGCAACAGGGACCCCCGGCACCCCGAGAGGCGGUGCCGAGGCCCCAACUACCGCCUGCAUGUGGAUGGUGCCCCCCACGGCCGCUGAGACGCCCCGGCCAGGACUGUGCCUGCCCGCCCUAAGCCUACCUUCUAGGGGAGGAGAGUCGCCCCUCCAAAAGCAAAGCUAUUAAAGGGAUAGAAUGUU